AUGCCGCCUGCUGCUGCUGCGCGCCCUGACGAAAUCGCCUUCAAUCGCGCCAGCGUUGCCCUGGCCCGCAGUCAGGCCCUCAUCGCAUCAUGGCUGCCGCCGCGCACGACUGAAGAAGCCGCCAGCGCGAAAUCCGACGACGACGUGCAGAAAGAAGACAAGGCUCUCUUCACCCCCUCCGCAGAAGUCCUGGGCGUCGGAGCUGAGCCGCCCAAAGAUGUCCUUGAAGGCAGCUUCCGGCGCAAUCAGCUAUCCUCAAACGAGCGCCUGCGCCAGCAGCUACUGGGCAAGAAUGCCAAACCGGGCCCCAAGUCCGCGCAGCAGAGUGGCCCGCUACAUGCGCCGGUGAAGAAACCUGCGCCGAAGCCUGCGGCGCGCCGGCAGGCCGACAGCGACGACGACGAAGAGGAAGGUCGCGCUGCUGCGUUCAAGUCGAAGAGGCAGAAGACCCAGGCUGCCACGACAGACCCGAUCGCCAAUGCAAGGAGGCCGCGAGAGGAGGAUGCCAGUGACUCGGACGAGCGGGAAGAGCGGCCAAAGGCGGCGCUGAAGCAGGCGCCUGCUCCUGCGACGUCGUCGGUGCCUGAGCGGCCGAAGAAGAAGGCUAAUAGUUUUCUGGACGAGUUGCUGGAGGAGCGGUCGAAGAAGAAAAAGAAGAAGCGCAACAAGAACAAGGGCGAGGCGGCUGGGCAGGAGUAGUGAGUGGAUGAUGGCCAGGGAGUCGAUACCCACCGAGUACUCUAGUGAACCC